GUUGUUUGGUAGCGGCUAUCGGGCGACCGUGCAAGCGCUUUAAGAACGAACCGAGCGCGUCGCUUUUUUUCCCAAAAAUCGUUCUGAAAAAAAAAAACACCCAGUGUGUGGGUGUGUGAUUUGGAUAGGAUGUGUGGCUGUGUGCGCGUUGAAGUUGUUGCAUUGACAAGGCGCGACCAAAAACAACGCCCAGAAAAGUAAGCGAACGGAUAUAUCUGUCCUAACCGAGAAUAUAAAGAAGAUAAAGGCCGUGGGAACGCCGGAAGUCGCAAGGAGCCCACAGAUUUAAGUGAGUGUGCCAGUGUGUGUGCCGUAUGCAGAGUGUCCGUGUGUGUGAGGCGCCAACUUGCCCCGGCAGAAAAAUAGAAAUAAAUAGUCAGCCAAAUGGCAGCCAGAAGGCACGAAAAGUGAAAAGCAUAUCCCGGCUAAAGAAAUAUUAAAGAAAAUUUAAUUUUACGCCCGAGCCAAAAGCCUUGGUGCGAAAGGCCAGUGAAGUGUGACGAGAUAGAAAAACCAUUGGCGAAGAAAGUAAAUUUUGCAAAUCAAAGCCGUGCACUUGGAUUCGGUCUGGACUAUUAAACGCAUCGUCGGCCAUGGAGGACAUCAACCAGAGGCCCAACCAGAGUCUGCUAUCGUCUCCUGCCCGGAAUCCUGCUCAUCGCUGAGUACGUGAACGUCUCCGUGGAGAAUGUCCGCUUGCAUGACAAUUGUAGCGUGCCGGCAUUCAAAAAACGCAGCAGCAGCAGACGACGCGGCUGAGAGAGCAGUACGUGAAGUGAUUCUCAACCAGGAGCAGCAAUAGGUCGCAGGAGAAAGCAGGAGAAAGCAGGAGAAAGCGAGGAGCGAGGAGCAAGGACAUCCAACGCUCGUGCACGACAGAAGGGCUUAGCACCUGCACUCGAGCCGCAGACAGCAGCAGAGCCGACGCACGGAAUAAUUUACUUAAACUGCCACUUUUUGCACCAAAAACCCAACAAAAAACGGAUUGCUGCUGUAAAGUAAAAUUAAUAAAAAGGGACAUAAAAAGUGUAAGUCCUUGCCGAAACAAGCAAAGCGAAAAUCAGGCCACCCCACGAACGGCUAUCUUGUGGUCAAUUAUACAAGAGUGGAGAGAAAGAACACAAAACAGCAGUCGGACAUCAAGUUAUCGGAAAAACAACGACAACAUUGCGACGUGGCCAUUUUGACCAGUAAUUAUAAUGGUUAUGUUGCUGCACUCGAAGCGACAACUCCCGCCUUCAGCUGCCACGAGAACGCGGCGGAAAGUGUCGUCCACCAGGGGGGCGUGGACGUGGAGGUGGACCUGGACGGGGGCGUGGUCCUCUCUGCUGGUGCUGGUGGUCCUGGACGUACACGUAUCCAGUUGCACGGCGGCCGGGAUUAGCUACAGCAGCAACGGCGGAAACCUGAGCACCUCGCAGAGGAGCUCCGGUUCGGGACCCGCGACGACGAACAACGGCGGACUCGUGCUGAUCGGCUCCAGCAGCGCCACCUCCAGUUCCGUGCCCUCGUUGUCGCUCACUUCGUCCUCGUCCGCCGCCAACAACAACAGCGGCGCCAGUGGCAGCCGCAGUGGCCGCCCCACCAGCAACAACAGCAACUCGAAUUCGAAUUCGAAUUCGUUUUCCAAUUCGAACUCCAACACGAACCACGAUCAAUUACCCGCCCAGCUGUCGUCGCGGAUUAUCCACACACGCAAUGGCGACCUGACGGGCGUGAUUGUGCAACUGGAUGGGCGGCACUUGGAUCCGGUCGAGGCGUACCGGGGAAUCCCCUACGCCUCGCCGCCGGUCGGCAACUUGCGGUUCAUGCCACCCGUCUCGGCGGCCAUGUGGUCCGGCGUCAAAAAGGCGGACAGAUUCAGCCCAGUCUGCCCGCAAAGAUUGCCGGACAUCCACAACGAGACGGCGGCGCUGGAACGAAUGCCCAAGGGCAGGCUGGAGUAUCUGAAGCGAUUGCUGCCCUAUCUGCAGAAUCAAUCAGAGGACUGCCUCUAUCUAAAUAUUUAUGUGCCCAUACAAGUCGGAUCGCGUGACUCCUCAGGCAGUUCUUCGUCCUCAUCCGCCGGCUCAUCGUCAUCCUCGUCGUCGGGAAAUGGUGGCUCCAGCUCAUCCUCAUCCUCAUCCUCCUCGUCAUCAUCAUCAUCGUCGGCAGGAAGCGGAGGAGGAGGUCCCGUCAAGUAUCCUGUGUUGGUCUUUGUGCACGGCGAGUCGUAUGAGUGGAACAGCGGCAAUCCCUACGACGGAUCCGUGCUGGCCAGCUAUGGACAAAUAUUGGUGGUCACCAUAAAUUAUCGCCUCGGAGUGCUGGGUUUUCUGAAUGCCAACACGGACCGCUACUCCAAGCUGCCGGCCAAUUACGGUCUGAUGGACAUCAUCGCGGCGCUGCACUGGCUCAAGGAGAACAUCGCGUUCUUCGGCGGAGAUCCAAACAGCAUCACCCUCGCAGGACACGGAACGGGGGCGGCAUGCGUCCACUUUCUCAUCUCGUCGAUGGCCGUGCCGGAGGGCCUGCUCUUCAAUCGAGCCAUCCUGAUGUCCGGUUCGGGCCUGGCGCCCUGGUCGCUGGUCAGCAAUCCGGCCAAGUACGCGGCCAUCGUGGCCCACCACGUCAACUGCGCCUCCGACCUCCCGCACGCCCACCUCAUGAAGUGCCUGCGCGAGAAGACCUUGGACCAGCUGCUCAGCGUGCCCAUCCGUCCGCCGGAGUUCGGCUUUGCCUUCGGACCCAGUAUCGACGGGGUGGUCAUCGACGGCGGGGACUACGUACCGCCCGCCCCCGGGUCGCCGGCGGCCCAAGCCCAAGCCCAGGCGUCGACGGCCGCCGGGAACGGAUUGGGCGGCGAGGCGGGGAUCGCGGCUGCCGGCGGUUGGGGGACGCCCGGACAGCUCGAGAAUAUCGUAUUAAUGAGAAAAACUGCCAUUAACAAGUUGUCAAGAUACGACCUGAUGGCCGGCGUGACACGUGCGGAGGCCUUUUUCAGCUUCAAUUCGGGCGACGUGCAGUACGGAAUCGAGGCGGAUCGACGGUCGAGAAUUUUAAAGGCCUACGUACGCAACACGUACACGUUCCAUUUGAACGAGAUAUUCGCCACGAUUGUCAAUGAGUACACGGAUUGGGAGAGGCCCGUGCAGCAUCCAAUUAAUAUCCGAGACGAAACGCUGGAAGCGCUUAGCGAUGCUCAGGUUGUGGCUCCGGCGGCUCAAACGGUGGAUUUGCAUUCGGCGGAUCAUCGCAACUCGUACUUGUACGUGUUCGACUACCAGACGCGCUUCGGUGAUUAUCCUCAGCGCCAGGGAUGCAUUCACGGCGAGGACCUGCCUUAUAUCUUCGGUGCCCCGCUCGUUGGUGGUUUCAAUCAUUUCACGCGAAACUACACAAAAACCGAAAUCAGUCUAUCGGAAGUUGUGAUGUUUUACUGGUCCAACUUUGUGCGAACCGGCAAUCCAAAUGAGCAAAUGGAAACGGAGCAUGGCAGUCGUCAGGAGCGGAGUCGCUAUAAAACAAUUGAGUGGACGGCCUACGAGAGUGUGCACAAGAAAUACCUAAAUUUCGAUACCAAGCCAAAGCUGAAGAACCACUAUAGAGCACACCGCCUCUCCUUCUGGCUGAACCUCAUCCCGGAUCUGCACAAACCGGGCGGCGACAAUGUGCCCGCCGCACACCACCAGCUGCACGACGACGAGGACGAGGACAACAACAUAGCCAGCGAUGCCUCCGUGAAGCCCCUCAACCCGCCCUACUCCUCGCGGGCGGCCAAUGCGGCGGCCAUGGGAAACUUCACGAUCUUCACCAACCAGGUCUUCUCGCUGCUCAACCUCAGCUCCCCGUCCUCGUCGCUCCAGCGGAACGGCACUCGCUACGGCGGCGGAAAGAUAUACCCGGACGACCUGCUGGAUGGAGAUCAUGCUGGAGGCGCAGCCAGUGCCACGCAGGACAACGAUGGAUUCGCAGCCUACUCGACGGCCUUGAGCGUGACCAUUGCCAUUGGGUGCUCUCUACUGAUCCUGAAUGUCCUGAUCUUCGCGGGGGUCUACUACCAACGAGACAAGACCCGGCUCAGCGAGCCCAGGUCCCAGACCAAGCUGAAGAGGCAGGAGAACGGCCAGAUGCCGAACAACAUAUGCGGCGACUUGGAAACGCUCACCAUCCACGCCAAGAGCGACCCAGCCACCAUAUUGUCGCACCACCACGCCAUGCAGCACCACCAGUUGCCACCGCCGGAGUUCGCCGACAUACCCCACCGCGCCCCGCCACCGCCGAAGCACAUGAAGUCCCUGCAGGAUCCGGGCGGCGGUGGUUCGGUCAGCGGGUCGGUGGGCGUGGCCGGGGUGGUUCAAAUGCCACCGCCACACGCCCUCCAAGUGAUGGGCAACCAGUGCGGCACACUGACCAAAAAGAGCUGCAUGAAGCAAACGCAGGCCCAGGCCCAACAGCACUCGCCUGCCCAGCAGCAACAGCAGCAACAGCAACAGCAACAGCAGCAGCAGCAGCAACAUGUGGUAACCCAUCAGCAACACUUGCAGAAUCAUCAUAAUCAAAGCAUGACCACUGUGCUGACCACAGCCGGUGGACUGGUGGUGCCCACGCCACCCACUGUGCCGGUAAUUGUGGCCACCACCACGCAGCACCAGCAGCAACAUCAGCAACAUCAGCAGCAGCAGCAGCAGCAACAUCCGCUGAUGGACGAGCUGCGUGUAUGACAUUAAUUGACCGUGCGUUUUAAAUGUGAUCUCUAAGCGCACAGCAUCCCUAUCCUCACCUCCUGGCCCUUUCCCUAUGCGUUUCAGCUGUCUUUAUACAUAAAUUACAUAGGCCUUAGUAUGUAGGCGUGUGUCGGGAGUGAAAUCUGUGUCUAUCCAAUAAACACGGAUGCUUCUCCCUGCUUAACUCUGUUGCCCGUUGAUCUUUGAACAAAUUUCACUGUAAAUGGUUAGGUGUAGAUUAUUGUCGAACUCAUUAACAAGGAAAGUUAACUUGGAACUAAAACUAAGCUGCAAAGUGUUCACCGAAUGGGUAAAUUAUAUAUAGGUUCAAUGAUUUGCAGUGUAAAAUAUAUCUUAAUAGAAAUAUACAUUUAUUCCAAAUAUGGCUUUAGAAAUAAAUUUAUUUGUGUUAAUCUCCAUUUAUUAUUUUUAAUGGUUUUGAAAUAUGGAACGAUAUAUACAGUCAUUCUUUUUAAAUUUGUGUUUUAGCUUUAAAUGUAGAACCAAUUUCACUGUUUUUUUUCCAUUCCAAUCUGUAUUGAGCAACCAAUUAGGACCAAUAAAAACUACAUGAUUCCAAGUUACGGAUUUCAAUCUCUUCCUUUUCUUUAUUGGCGUUAGUAUAGAAAACAUUAAGGUAGAAUAAAAAAAUAGGAAAAACUAAGAGAAUUCUGAAUGCGAAAAAAAACCAAAAAAAAAAAGAACAUGAAUGUUAUUCUUCCAAAGACUGAAUUAUAAUUGUGUAUUGUGUGUAAAUAAACCUAGUUGCAGAAAUAAAAGUUGUACUCUACAUGUACAACAACAAACUCCCAUAUACAUAUAUACAUUUUCGAACGAAAAAAAAGAGAAUGAAGAUUUUAGCCAAACAAAAACAAAAGGAAUUAGCCAAACAGCCAGGAAAAGAGACAGUCAUAAAAUCAAAUCUUGUACAGGUGAGAAGGAGCUGUUUCUUUAAGUUUUGGCAUUAAUUUGUAAAAACGACACUGUACAACUACCCUAACAAAACAAUAGAAGUCACAUCAACUCGAACUAAAACUGAAACUAAACUUUGGUCAGACAGAAGAGAAACAAAACAACAAGAGCAAAAUUAAAUUAAACUGUUAAUUGUAAGCAUGCAGCUACUUUGUUAUGUAACUAAAUAAAUAUUUAUAUAGUUAUUAAAAUUAAAUGCGUAUAUAAGCCCUCUCACAAUAAAAAACAAGUAAGCUCUCUAUAUAGCUAUAAAAACUUCCAACUGCGAAAAUAGUUAAAAAUUCCAUUAGGAGUUAAGCGGGGCAAUUGAAAUGCGCAGUGAAAGCAUAACAAAUAUUCAUAAUUUAUCGUAUUUUUUUAUUCAGUUGGUUUUUUUCUUUAUUUCAACUAUUUGCACACAAUUGCCCAAAUUGUAAUUAAAAUGGAAAUGAUACCCGAGGAAAAACAGGGGGAAAAUUAAGCAAUGGAACAGCUCAUUAAAGUGAAACAGCGCGGAAAUUGCAAACAAUUUACGGGCUUAUUAAAAAUACUUGUAAAUUAUAUAAACACGUUUAGCGGCAGUAAAAACCAAAGUAAAAAGUCAUAUAUAAUGAAAAACAAAAUCCAUUUACAGCCUAAUUAAGAAUGUUUAAGUCUAUAGCUUCUGUAUGCAUAUACAUAACUCUAUAAAAAUAAAUCUAUACAUUAAAGUAAUGGUGUAAACUUAGCAUAAUUAGCCAAAUAAUACAACAAAUAUAUAUAAAUAACAUAUAGAGUGCUGCAUAACUGGCAAAACAAAACGAUACAAUUAAAACCAAAACUCAUGAAAUUAUUGCGUUAGAAAAUGUGUAUCGAUUGUGCGGAAGAGACUUAGCAUUAACAAAUUUGGACUAAAUGGAAUAUAGUAAAAAUCAGUAAAAAAAAGUAAAUAAAAAAAACCAACUGAAAAAAAGGAAAAUUUAGUUUAAAAUAAAUUGGUUUAUUACCACAAAAACAGUGUGUAACAAGUUGCAAACACUUAAGAUGACAUGGAAAUUUAAAUAAUAAUAAAGUUGCAAAAAUUAUAAAACUGAA